UCCCACUUUCACCUAUUAAAAAUUCUCAAAGCAUUGAUCCGAAGUUACGAACAUCUAGCCCUCACGGACCGAGACUCCGAGAGAGAGAGAGAGAGAGACGACGACGAUCAGAGGGACGAUGCAAUUGCCGGCGGGCGAGGUGGUUCGAACGAAGCUCGUACGGCUGCUCUACUUUGUCGGAGCCGGAGCUGUCUGCGCUAUCGGAAUCAACACGUGGAAUCAGUUUCAAAGAAAGUCGAUGAUUCAAAAGCACCAGCAGCAGCAGCAGCUAAACGGACUUGCUGUGGAAAACCCAUCAAAUUCGGUACGAAAAACAAUCGAAUAGGGGCCAAAAAAGACCAUCUUUUUUUUUGGGAUACUUUUAAAAGGGUUGAGGAGGAAGUAUUACCGGUUGAAUUUACUCUUUGAAUAAUCUGUUUUCUGAAUACAUAUACUGUCACUUUGUUUUUCUGCUGGAAAUGUUGAAGGAAUUGAGAGUGGAUCUGUUUCAAGGAUUUUUGUCAUUUUUCCUGAGUAAGUCGUUCUAAUCGUGUUCAUAUUUAUAUUUUGCGCUGCUUGAUGUUUUGAUCUUGCUUAUUGGCUCUUUCCUAUUUGUGUAUGAGUGGGCAAAUUACUGAAAACAUAAUGACCUUUAGGAGUUCAUUUGAACUUGGUUCUUUACUAAAUUUAACUGAAUCUAGUCACACUCAUUGAUCCAUUUGAUAAGAUGUGAAGCAGCAACUAAACGGGCAUUCUGUGGGAAACCCAUCAAAUUCGGAAUGAAAAGCAAUCGAA